AUGGAGGAUGAUUUCACAGCGUGGUUGUUCAACGAAUCAUCUGUACCCUCGUCGUCAGUCGCAUACCCGUCAUGGAGAGGCGUAGUCCCCAGCUACCUGGAUGCUGCUCAGCUACAAACCCGGACCCAUGAGUUGUCACUAGGCGGAGGCAUCUCACACCGGCCCAUGAGUGUUGCGAGGACGUCGGAUCCCGGGUCGCCACGUACCGUCAUGUCGGACGAUAAGCUCCAGGAGCUCCUGCACCUUAUGGCGACGCGAUUCAACAAGGCUGCGUGCUCGACAGCGACCACUCGCAAAGAGUCUUUUCUAGGGGGUGAUGUGAAUAACGAUAAUCACAUCAUAAGCCUGCGCAUGACGCGAACAUACAUCGAAUCCUACUGGUACCACUUCCACCUGCAGUUGCCCAUCUUGCAUCGCUCGGCCUUUGUCGCUGAUCACGCGCCCAACCUCCUUCUCCUGGCUAUAAUCGCCAUUGGCGCGUCGACACUGGAUCGUAUCCACGGCCCAGAAGUAAUCGAGACAGUUCUCCGAGUUGGCCAAUUUCAUCGUCUAGCAUCUCCGAUGGGAGGUAUUCUGGACGCCGAGUUUCAGGCCCCGACCAAACUCUGGGUAUACCAGGCCCUGCUGCUCAUAGAGGUCCACGAGAAGAUGUAUUCCACGCGCUUCCUCCACGAGCGGGCGCACAUCCACCACGACACCACACUGGCUCUGAUGCGACGCGGCGGCUUGUUCAUCGGGCGCUCCGCGCACUGCUCGGCAGACGACCGGCUGGGCUCGAACACGACGCCUAACUCUGCGCUGGACAAAUCCUCGACACACUGGAUCAGGGCCGAAGCCACGCCGAGAGUCGUCUUUGCAGCCCUUGUGCUGGAUUCGACACACGCCGCCAUGUUUGGACAGCCUGUCAAGAUGACGGCGCACGGGAAAUUCGCGAGAGAAUAG